AUGGCAGCGGAUACUGAAGUCGCAGAAGGUGUCCCCCAGUUUGGCUUCAAGAAGCGCUCCAACAAGGCCAAGGCCACCUUCCGCAAGAAGCGCGCCACGCCACCUCCGGCCUCCGACUCCGAUUUCACCUCCUCCGAUGACGAAGAAGGCCGGCGCAUUAAGAGGAGGCGUAAGAAUGUCGCAGUAACUGCCUCAUCCGCGGGAAAUGCGUCUAGGAAAGACACCACCGCCGAACAGUCCUCCGCUGGCCCUCCAUUGACAACGAGCAACGACGCAACCAAAAGCGCCAACUGGUACGAUGAAGACUUGAGCUCCAAGAACCUACUCGGCUCGACGAGAGCACGCCCUCAAGAAUCAACUGGGCCAGACGGCACCUAUAAGGGCACCGCCAACUAUACAUCCUUCAUCCAAAAGAACCCAGAUGCGCCGACAAAACAGUUCGGUCCGACCAAGGCGCCUACCAACGUGCGAACGGUGACGGUGAUGGAUUUUGCACCUGAUGUGUGUAAGGACUGGAAACAAACAGGAUUUUGUGGUUUCGGCGAUUCAUGCAAGUUCCUUCACGCGCGAGAAGACUAUAAGCAAGGAUGGGAGUUGGAUCGCGACUGGGAGAUCGGCACCAACGGCAAGAAAUUGACUGGACGGGUCGUCUCACAGCGCAAAGGUGCAGGCAAGGCCGACGAAGAGGAGGAGGAUGACGACGAUGAGGAAUUGCUAGAAAGCAUUCCCUUCGCCUGCAUCAUCUGCAGGAAACCCUACCAAGACCCCAUCAUCACCAAAUGUGGGCAUUAUUUCUGCGAGUCCUGCGCCUUGAAUCGUUAUCGGAAGAAUCCGUCCUGUGCUGCCUGUGGCGCGGGGACUGGAGGUGUUUUUAACGUUGCGAAGAAGCUCACUGCCUUGCUGGACAAGAAGCGGGAGCGAGCACGCAAGCAACGCGAGGAGGCGAUUGCCAAUGGAGAAGAAGUUAGCGAUGAGGAGGAGGAAGAUAGUGACUGA